AUGAAACGCGUUAUGCUGAAAUUUUCGGUAACCAGUAAUUCAGUGCUGGCGCAUACCGUUGCAAUUCCGCUUUUUGCCACCAGCAUGGAUAAUAUCGUUGCAACGCAUCACACAUGUAGUACUGUAGCAGGGACAGAAAUUCAGACCGGCGAUAAUUCUACCGGAACUGAGAAGCAGUGUGUUUUUAAACCUAGGAAGAUUCUGAUUUUGUCGAAAUUAACACGAUUGGAAUAUGAGAGGCAAACUCAUCCACUUCUUAAUGAAACUGAGCUGAAAAAGGCGUUGGCACGACGAGGAUCCAAUUAUGAGAGGCUUCGAAGGCGGCAUGACGAACACCACCAGUUUUUAAAUAUCGUGGUAUGUGAACUAAGAGCAUGUGGUAUCGAAACUCGAACUGUACAGCGGUUUGACUACAAUAAUGCUGCAGUUUCAUGGGCUGAUGCUGUAUUUUCUGCGGGUGGUGAUGGCACGUUUCUGCAUGCAGCUUCAAGAAUUUCAUCAACGGAAAAACCUGUAAUAGGGAUAAAUACCGAUCCUAAGGGCUCAGAGGGCCAUCUCUGUUUGCUGAAGAAACUGUCGCACGAAUAUUUCAGAGAUGCCUUGAAACGAUUACUUGCGGGUGAUUUUAGGUGGUUAUAUCGACAACGUAUACGCGUACGUUUGGAAGGUGAUAUUGGAGAUAUUGAACCAUUUUAUUUACAUGAAGAACAGCUACCUUUUCAUAAUUUGAAAAAGGAAAUACUGAAGUCAAAGAGAAAGUCGGCAAACAGUGCUGAAAGACAUGUGAAUGUAUUAUCGGAUCCGGCUUUAAAUGACGUUUUUAUUGGAGAAAGUCUGUCAUCUCGUGUAUCUUAUUAUGAAAUUCAAUGUGGUGAUGGUGAAAUGGUUAAGCAAAAAAGUAGCGGUGUUAUAGUAUGUACAGGUUCUGGUUCAACUUCUUGGUAUUUCAAUAUAAAUAAAAUAACCGAUCACUGCGUAUCUGAUGUUCUGAACAUUGCCUCAAAGGAAAUCGGAAAUACGGCAUUGGGAGAGGAUAAAUCAUUAAUCCGGAGGAUUCGUGACAUUUAUAAUAGCCGUUUAUUAUUCACUCCGGAUUGUGAAAAUAUGGCUUAUUGCGUUCUCAAUCCAAUAUAUAAUUCAACAUAUCCAGAGUUUCCACCUCGUGGACUGGUGAAGCGUUUGCGACUUCACUCACGUUGUUAUGAUGCUCAUU